AUUAUAUCUUAAAUAUAAAGAAGAAAUCAGUAACGAUAAAGAUGGAGAUAUAAAUCAUUUAAAAAGAAAGCUUGAAGAUGUAAAAUCUGAAGUUUUAAAUAAAGAUAUAAGCAAGAGUCAAGAACAAAAGCUUGAUAAAAUAUUAGGUGAAAUCAGUAUAAAAAAGUUAGAAAAUUCACAAUUAUUUUAUAAACAAUCAAAGUAUUUAAUAGAGAAGUUAAAUUGGAAAUAUCAGCUAUCUGAUAAAAUUGUUGACAGAGAAGGAAGUACUAUUCCAGACAUAUUAAAUGACUAUAAAAGUGAUCAAUGGGUAGAGAAAAUAUGGGGCUUAUAUAAAGAUAAUAACAAGUAUUUUAUAAAAAGUGCUUCUCAAAUUAUACAAGAACUUUCAAAUAUUCAGUUAAACAAAGAAUAUGGUUAUGCAAAUUAUCUAGACAAUAUAUUAAAGGAAAUUAAAAAUUUUGAAGCAAAAAUACAUCCUAAUAUAGAAAUAAGGUAUGACAAAAUUUCAAAAAGUGAAUCAAAAGAAAUUAAUAAAUGGUUUGUUAGCGUAAAUAAUGACUCAGAAAUAAUUUUAAGUGGUAAAAAUUAUCAAGGGCAACAAUUCAAAUAUGAAAUCAACGAAAUUUUACCUGAAGAUAUAAAAGAAAAUUUAUUGAAUGUAUUAUUAAGAAAUCAGCCAUAUCAUACUGAUUAUAUCAAAGAAGUUGAAAAAGCUUAUUACAAGAUUUAUUUUACAAAUUUGAUGUCACAAAUUAAAGAAGUUAAUGAUUCAAAUUUGCCAGAAAUUAUAGCGAUUUUAAAAUACGCAAUACAUGUCACAGUGCUAGAAGGCAAAUAUAAA